AUUAAUUUCGUUUAUUCCUCAUUGGUAAAGUAAAUUCUGUUGUAAUCACGUGCAUGCAGGAUAUAUAAAACUUUAAGAGUUUAGGCUGGGCCAGGCAACCAACAAGUUGCCAGGAAUCGCGAUGAAGCGGAAGCUAUUUUUACCAGGAACAUUUGAUGAUGAGGAUAUAGAGGUGGCCGAAAAGGAUUUCCCCGCUAAACCCAGGAAAAGGCUCCUUUAUCUCGCGCGUGCUUCAGACAAUGAGGCUACCAAAGGCCUGCCAACCUCCACUCUGAAGGAUGAUGACGAUUAUAUGGCCAUGGUGCUUCCCGACGAAACGACUGUUGGCAAGCUGGGUUCUGAGCCUCCCCUCGAAAGUGUACCUUUUGAAGAGAGGCAGCAUUUCAGCAGAAGCGCUGGCAUGAACAAAUCUUUGUUUGAGGGUAAUAAUGAGAGCGAACCGGACAAUCUUAUUCAACACAUCAACCAAAAGGUAUCGACCACCCUAACGUCUUCUAAAGGUUUGUCUAUGAUGGAAAAAAUGGGGUUUAAAGUCGGCGACAAGCUCGGAAGAGAUUCAAGGUCUGUCGAGGCACUAAGUGAGCCUAUUAAAGUCCAGCCUAGCAGGGGGAGAUUGGGGAUUGGAAGCAAGCAGGAAAUAAAAAAAGUCCUUCCCUUGUUUGAAAGAAUAGCCGGGGGUAAUCGUGGCAUAACUGAUGACACAGCGACGGAAUAUCGGCGCCGAGUAACCCGGCAAAAGGCGGAAGCAAAACAAAAACAUACGGUAACAAGAUUGCAAAAGGUUUGCAUCGAAAUGGCCGGGAAUGAAGAGGCCCAGGGUUAUGCCAUAGAUGAUAUCAGAUCCCAGAUUCUCUACGACGCGCGCAUAAAACCUAUCAACGUCUUAUGGCGUGGCAUGGUCAUUGAUCAAAUUGUCAAAGAUUAUACUAAUGUUUCUUGGAAACGCCUGUGUAGCCUUACGGAGAAAGAUGCGCCAAUUGAAGAAACUACCAAGGGUAUAGUGGAUAACCUCCCAGAAACCUCAAGCGACGCAGCGGGGGAGGAACCAUCCAACGGAGAAACCCAAUUCCCCGCUAAAGCUUCAGACCCUGAACUACUUGAAUUUAAUUCUCGGCCAGUUGAGGAAAGGUUAGGGGAGUUGAACGUGUUUUUGAGAGAAACUUUUCAAUACUGCUACUACUGCGGCGUGAGGUAUGAUGACCCCGACGAUCUAGAGGAAAACUGCCCUGGGAUGACUGAAGAGGACCAUGCCUAGAGCUAGAAGUUAGAUUCUC